AUGGCCGACUAUCCUAACGAGGCAUACCGCUCGCCCGGCCGAACGAGUCUCUACCCCGAUGCCCCCCAGUAUCCCCGCCAGAGCGCUGCCGGGCUUCCAAGCAUACGGCGCACGCCUCGCUACAGCCGGAACAGCACUGCGCCCAGCUGGGUCUCGCAGGGAGUGCUCUCGCCCGGCCCCCAUUCCUACGGCGGUCCUCCAUCGUCCGCAGGGUCGCGGCCCCUCCCCGUACCCUCCUCAAGUCCCCCAUCGCGCGGCUUCUCAGACUUCCAACCUGUCCACCCACCUCCCUCCGAACUGGGCCCAGAGGCAGGUCCGAACAGUGGUCACAACUCGUAUCCAGGACCGCCGUCGGAGCCAGGGCCGAGAGAAGAGCGGGAGUGGGACGCAGAGGAAAACAUGACCAUUGGGCAGAGCGACUACGAGUACGUCGACACUGGAAACGCGCAAUCCCAAGUCAUCCCCGAGGACCCAUACGCUGGGCCUGCAGUCACUCCGCUGUAUCCCAUGGACGAAGAGGAGGAGACUGAGAAGCCGAAGAGCCGGACGAGGAAGUUUGUGGGCGGAUUCGUGGCUGGGUUGAAGAGACUCCCCGAGGCGAUGGUACGGAGCAACUUCUACGACCGCAGCGCGACGAGGAAAGGUGCGCCCGGGAUGGAGCAAGUUACUGGCGUUUCCCACUUCCUUCCCCCGGCGUACCACGAGUCGGACCCCGCUCGCCCAGGGCCAUCCGCUGGCCGGUACAUCCCCGCCAUCCUGACCCCCGGCGCACCCAAGUCGCCCACACAGGUGUCAUACGCCGAUCCCCAACGCCAGUCAAGCCACGCCAGCCGUCGUACAUCCCAGCCGAGCCGGCGCACCUCCAUACCGAUCUCCUACCUCUCCAACGGCCGGCGCAGCUCCCGCGCGCAGACGAUCCAGUCCGAGUCGAUCGCGGCCUCGCCGCGCUUCUUCAGCGCGGACAUGCCGGUGCCCGCCGAGCUCCAGCCGUCGAACGACUACGCGAAGAUGCCGUCCGCGAUCCGGUUCGCGCCGCCGCGCGACGACUCCUUCUCCGCGCACGUCACGCGCGUCCAGCACUUCGUCCGCGCGCUCCAGGACCUCCCCUGGACGAGCGACCGCGUCGCGCUCGACUACAUCCCCGCGCGCUCCAAGCGCGCCCACACCGGCAAGAACAAGCCCGCGCUCUCGUGGUACACCGGCACCAACGGACGCCUCCAGGACGUCGACCUGCUCGCCCCCGCCGCGGGGUCCACGUCGCACGCACGCGCCAUGCAGCGCGCGGGCACCGUCACGGGCACCGUCACCCCGAGCCGCAGCCCGCUCGGGAGCUACAUGACCUCGCCCGGGAUGGUGUCCUCCCCGGGCGCGUCCUCGCACGGGCAGGGCCAGCACAUGAUGUCGUACUCGUACUACUUCUCGCCCCCGCAGCCGCUGUACGUCUACCCGUCCCCGAUGGCGUCGCCCCAGCCCCACCAGCCGCUGCCGCGCGGGGACGGCACGGGCUCGGACACGUCGAGCAGCAGCUCCGCCGCGGCCGCGGUGGGCGUCGGCGCGAUGGGCCCGCCCCAGGCGGUCCCGGUGUACAUGAUGAUGGGCCCGCCGCCGGGGCUGCUGCCCGCUGUGCCGCCGGGGGCGCACGGGGGCCAUCGCGCGCGGUCGCCGCGGCCGUCGCCGAUCCCGGUCAUUCCGUCGCGAGCGACUUCGCCCCGCCGGACGCCGUCGCAGCAUCGCUCGCGCGAUGGGUCCGUGCGCAGCGGCUAG